CGACAUUUGAUUAUUUACUGCGGUAUAACAUUUCCGGUUUCUGUCGUAGGUCGCAUCCGUCCACAAAACAAGUUGCACCAAGUUGCUAUUUCAUCCGAAACGGACGUUGAAACAAACAAAUAUGGCAACAAAUCUGAACGUUAAUGAGCACCAUAUUGCUCAGGUGCACAACUAUAUCCGUUUCACGCGGUACCAGAGGGGACAGAGAAUGCGGGCUGUGGAAUUUUGUUUUGAUGAAUUAAUGACAACGCAACUUGAUGAAACAACCUACACAAUUGAUGAAGUGAAAGAUAUGUUAAACAAUCUGCUUAUGAAUGUUAGUGGUGAACUUGAAGCAGAGUUGAUUAACUCGGCACAUACCAAUGUGUUACUACUGCGGCAGAUGUUCAUGCAAGCUGAAAAAUGGCAUCUCAAGCUCUCGGCUGAUAUAUCUGAAUUGGAGAACAGGGAUAUACUGGACAAGAUUGCAGAGUUUGAGGAGGAACAAUUUGCAGGAACAAAAAGAGAUACAGAUUUCUCUUCAGUGUUAAAACAUGUCAAACUGGGUCCUAUGAAUGAAUCUGGAGGAACUACUUUAUUGCAUAUGAAAAUAGAAGAGUUACAGAAAGAAAAUGAAAAGUUGAAAGAGCAGAUGGGUUCUGUUGCAGCAGGGUCAGCAGUGUCAAGUAAACAGAGACAGCAGUUAGAGGAUGAACUAGCAAGAACCCAGUCACAGAUAAGGAGUUCAGGAUCUGGUGGAGAAUCAGAAGAACUCAGACGCAAGAUGGCAGCGCUUCAAACGGAAUUAGAUGCUGAUAAGGGUAAGAAGGGAGGUAAUCCGGAGAUGGAGAAUGAUUUAGUUUCAACAAAGCACGAGUUACUCAGGAUUCGAGAAAUGCUUGAGAUGGCUGAAAAGGAACUAGAGAAGAAAGUGAGUCAGACAGCACCAUUCAAGAACCUUAAACAGAUGUUGAUGAAGAAAAACGAUACUCUAAAGGAUCUCAGAAAACGUUUAUCCAAAUAUGAAACACCAGAUGAUUAAGCUUGCAACAUGCCAUCUGUGUUCACAUGGAAACAUUCCCACAUCUGCUGCAUAUCACCUUCUUAUAUUAAUACUGGAAAAUCAAAGCAAAGAACUUGAAAAUUAGUCUAGAUACAAUAUUGAUAUUAGCACAAUAAUAUACUGGUACAUCUGUUGUUGUUUUUUUAAUCUCAAUAAUAAUACUAUUCAAGUUGUGUAUUUUUCUUUUUUUCCUAAUGACCUAUACUUUUGUUGAUGUAAUGCUAAACCCAGUUAGAAACUUUUUAAAAUUUUUUUUAUCAAAAAUACAUUUAAGCAUUCGGAAAGAAGAAAGAUAUAGUUUUGCGGCUCUUUUAACAUUUUAAGAAAAUAUAGGCCUAAUAGACUUUCCUGUGUUGCUGAAAGUGAUGUGUGUCGCUAUUUUCAGAUUGACUGAUUAAAUUGUAAAUUUUCCUGCAUAUCUGUCAAAAGAAUGUUUUGUAGUUGCAGUCAAAGGGUCAGUUCUUUAAUGCAAUGAAUGUGCAUUAUUUUUAUUUACCAUGUUAAGUUCAUAAAGGUGAUGUCUCUGAAAUGGUACCAUUUGAAGUAUCACAGGUGUUGGUUUUCAUGCACACAUUUAAAAAUCCUUUUGAUAUCCAUAAAAAGUAUUUCUUUAUAUAUUCUGUUUUUGAUUUAUUUGUACUUGAGCUAUUGAAACUGAUGUAUCUUAGCAUAUACAGAAUUAUUAUUUAUUUUUUUACCAGAGCUAGGUCCUAGUUUGAGACACACUUACCUGCCUAUAUUUUUUCUUAUCUUGUAAAAACACUUGGUUCUGUUGCUUUUAUACUUCAAAGGUUGAUUGCUUUUGGUUAUUAGAUCUCUGCUGUUAAUUGGUUGGUAGGUCAAAGGUUAAAGUUUCAGCUCAGAAAUGAACUUUCCAUCAGUAGCUUGAGUACAUAAAGGCUUGGACAUGUGGUCUGCAAAAUUGGGUGGUUACCUGUGGGCAGUCAGUGACCCUGUUUUUUUCUAAGUCGCCUGUGGUCAGUAGGUGACUCCUAUAGUUUUGAUGGUCAGUUGUUCAAAGUCAUAAUGCCUUUGUAAUAAGAAACAGUUUGUGCGCAAUAUCUGGAGAGUCCAUCAGCAUAUGGCUAGAAAACCUUACGAGAUAGUUGUCAGUGGGUCAGUAAAUGAUCCCUUAUUUUUUGGGCUCAGUAGGUCAUAGGUCAAGAUGAUAAUUGAGACUGGAAACAUUUUCAGAUGAAGAAUUGUAGAAUGCUUUGAUCUCAGGCUCUCAAAUUUGGUAGGAUGAUUGCUUAAAGCCCAUGGAUGCCCGAAAUGUCUGUGGGAUAAUUUGAUCAAAGGUCAAGGUCACAAAAUAUUUGAGACUGAAAAAUACAUACCCGGUAUUGUUCAACAGGCUUUUAUGAACAGGGUAUGUGUGUUGGGAUAAUUUGAUAAAAGGUCAAGGUCACAAGAUAUUUGAGACUGAAAAGUACAUACCCAGUAUUCUCCAACAAGCUAUAAUGAUCAGACAGCUUUUGUUAAUGACACUAUAUUUUGUUCAGGUUGUUUUAUUAUUAUCAUUACUAUUAUUAUUUUAUGUUUAUUGUUUCACUUUACAUAUAUUUUGUAAAUUAAAUCACUUUUAUACAUAAUGUCCGUCCAGUGUGCAUGUAUAUUGCUGUAGAUGUUGUAUGUAUGGUAGAAAGUGGUUCUCUUUACCCUUCCCAGUUCAUGUAGACAGUACCUUACCAUUUCAUGGUAGAAGUGAUGACACUUAGCACUUCUCUUUCUCUCCCAAUUUCUUUGAAACAGUUGUUGUUUUAGAUGGUUGUUUCCUCUCUCUCUACAUUUCUGUCCUCUUCUUUUCAUAGACAGUAGUUCUCUUUGUAAUGUUUGGCAGAAAUGUGGACACUCAGGGCUUCUCUUUCUCUUCUCAUUUCAUAGAAAUGUAGACAGUGGUUCUCAUUUUAUAAUGUUUAAAAGGUACGAUAACUUUCUUCUCUUUAUCUCCCGAUUAUAUAAUAUUCUGUAGAAAUGAAAACGAGUGGUGGUCUUACACUUUUCAUUUCUUAGUGAUAACAUAAACAAAUAGACAUCAGUAUAAAAUUAGUUCUAAUGAAUAACACACACACAUGUAUUUUUGCGUGUUAUUAGUUGUGCAGUAAUGGACUAACUUAUUAGUACCAUGGCGAUUUACCAUCAUGAAGAAUUCUCGGGGUGAUGAUAGGAAGUUUUUAAUUUUUCAAAUCUUUAUUAGUUUUGAAUUUAUCGUCAAAAAAAAAAUUCUUGACAUAUUUUCCAUCAUUUUUACACACAAAAAAUGUUUAAAUAUCAAGUAGACAUGCACAUUUUGUCUUAAAGUUUUUGAAGUCUGUUUUGUUUUAGUUAUGAUCCUUUAUUGACUAGAUAAUGUUAUUCUAUGGGGCAUAUAUGCCAUACAAUGUUGACAUCCGACAAUAAUAUUUUGAUAAAAGCAUGUUUUCAAAAUGUUUGAUAAGCUAACAUUUAGCACAUUUUAGCCAUAAAAUUAAUAGAUCAGUCAAUUUGAUAUUUUAAAAAUUCAAAAUGUUCAUACUAAUGCAGAUAGAGUCUCUCAAAUUUAACCCUUACCAUGCUGGAUGCUAUUGGUUUCACCUUUGCGACCAGUGUAGAUCAUGAUCAGCCUGCACAUCUGUGCAGUCUGAUCAUGAUCUGCACUGUUCGCUAUUCAGCCAGUAUCUUUUUGGUAAACACCCCUUUUAACAGUUAAUAGUACUGUCCAAAUUGGAAGAUGUACAAAUUGACAAUAGAGCUUCAAGUGAAUUAUAUUGUAUAUUCUGUCUUAUGUGGCUUUCUUUCUGAGCUCAUAGUUUUAUAAAUCUGUGAUCUUGCUAAUAAAUGUUCUUGUAUCA